AUGGACCGGUCCAGCGGGCCCAAGAGCAUCUUCCCCAAGGGCCCCAACUUCACCCUCGAGGACUUUUCCAACAAGGACUUCAUAGUCAGGGACUUUGUUGACAGUCUGGCCGAGAGUGCUAUGCCCUCUGCCCGUCGCUCGGGACCGUCACAAUCCACCACCUUUGACCCGAAGCCGCUGAUCAGGAGCUUUGAAAAUGCCUUGUCUCAGCUUGCCGUCCUUGGGGAUGAGCUUCAGGAGAAGGAGUCCGAACUCCUUUCCCAAGUGCGCCGGGCCGAAAUACAGCACGACCAGACCCUCGAUACCCUCGGCCGGAAACUCGACGAAACCAUGGAAUCGUUCGAAGCUCUGGACAUAUCAUUAAACCCAAACGGCACCAACGGCGCGGACGGAAAGGCCGAUAGUGGAGGCAACAUUGCCGUGCAGAUUGGAGAGAAGCUGGACGACCUGGACAAGAAGAGGAGGAGAGCACAGGACACCAUCUUCCUGAUCAAUUGCUGGACAGAGCUCAGCGAGACCGGCCUGCUGUCGUCGCUGGAAGACAUUAGGCGGCAAGGCGGCGCAGAGAACAAGGUGCGGUGCGCCGUCAUUGCCCGUCAACUCAUGAGAAUCAGCCAACAGCUCGACCCGCUGGCCUGGGGAACACGCAACGGCAACAGGGCCAGCAUAGCCAGUUUCGCCACGUUGACCAACAGGGCGCGGAACACGCGAGAGAUCCUCGAAAAGUUUUGCGAGACGCUGGAGCAGGAUCUGCUGCAGCAGUUCAACAACAGCUACAGGCGGCAGAACUUCAACGACAUGAGGGAGUGCGCAAAGGUGCUGUACGAUUUCAACGGAGGCGCCAGUGUCAUUGCCAUCUUUGUCAACCAGCAUCAGUUCUUCAUCGACAGGGAUCAGCUGAUGAGCGACGAGAUGGCAGCCGACGGGGAGAUGUGGGAGGCUUUGGCCGACCCGGAUGCGGAGCCGCCUGGGAUCGAGCCCAGUCUGCAAUCGCUCAUUGACGAGGUCAAGAUUGUGAUGCAAGAGGAGUCGUUUAUCAUCAAGCGGGCGUUCCCGUACUACGAGACGGUGCUGAUCAAGUUCAUUCAGCGCGUGUUCCAGCAGUCUAUACAGCAGCGGCUAGAAAAGGUCCUCGACAAGGCCGAAUCGGUCUCUACUCUGGCCUUUCUCCGGUCAUUACACUCGUCAAGAAGCUACAUCGGCUCCCUGGUGGAAGACUUGAAGAUGCACGGCUUGACUGAACACCCAGAACCUUGCUCGGCGCAGAUUGCACAGGCCUUGGACCAGCAGCUGGACGAGCUCUUCGUCCCCUUCCUCGUUGGAAGUGUCUAUAUCGACCGGGAAAAGAAGAGCCUGGAGGAGUUGUACGGCUCUCUGCUCUUCAAGUUUAACCUCUUCCACUCGAGGCGGAAGAAGGCGCCGUCUAGCUUCAUGGCGUCCCUGGCCCAGCAGGGCACACAGCUCAUACAGUCUGCCAAGGACGCCUAUCUUGAGCGUCUCGAGUCGUCCGACCUAUCGGCCACCCAAAAGGCGAUGAUGCUGCGGGUUGCCGGCCUCCAGGACAAAGACGAUGACAACGAGAUUGAAGUAUCCGAUGAGGACGGGAUACUCUCAGUGGCCAACGCCAAGAGGAUGCUGAAAUGGCUGGCGGAGAGUGUUCAGAGAGUGCUCGAGUUGGGCUCUCAGCUGGAUACGCCAAAGGACGUCAACAUACUGCUCAACCUGCUGCUCACAAACAUGGGCCAGGUCUACAUUGAGACUGCGCUGGACGCAGCACACUAUCAAGCCACCCUGCUGGAGAACUCCAAGACGGAGCCGGACAUGUCAUAUCUACCGCCGAUCCGGGCUGGUGUGACGAUAUCGGGCCUCAUGGAACGCUUCAUCAGCACGGUGCUCAUCCGACUCGCCGAGUCCAACACGACGGUGCGCAAGAGCAUGGAGGCGCAGAAGAAGAUGGCCAUUGACACCAUCGAGAAGAAGACCAACGCCAUCAUGAAGAUCUCCAUCGACGUCAUCGUCAACUGGGUCAUCAAGUCGCUGGGCACGCAGAAGAAGCAGGACUUCCGGCCCAAGGACGGCGAGCUGGAGUCGCUGCAGACGGCGACGUGCCUGCACAUCUGCACGUUUCUGGCGCGGGCGAGCCAGCAGGCGAUGCAGGCCGUCGACGGGCACAACGCGGACAAGUUCUUCAGCGAGCUGGGCCAGGUGCUGCACGCGCAGCUGUUUGAGCACUUCAAGCGCUUCCAGGUCAACGCGACGGGCGGGCUGAUGGUGACGCAGGACAUUGCAAAGUACGUGGCGACGCUGCGGGCGUGGCCGCUGGCCAAGGACGUCGAGACGGCGAUUGAGAUGCUUACGGAGAUUGGGUCGCUCUUCAUCGUCGGGCCGGAGGCGCUGCGGGAGAAGGUCAGGACGCUGGCCCCCGGAUCGAGCUCCGUCAGGGGGAAGCUGAGCAAGGCGGAUUUCAAGGCGUUUGUGCAGAAGAGGGACGAUUCGGGAUCUGCGGGCAUACAGGGCAUUUUGAGCGGUUUAUAA